AUGGCGGUGUUCAAAAAGUUGCGUAAGAACAAGGACAAAAGUUUGCCAUUGCCAGAGCCGGAAGCUGUCAAACCGCUGGAUAAGAGAGUCGGAAUUGAGUCGUACAGACACUACCGAUCUGUGGACGAGAACAAACUGAACAGCAACUGGCGGACAUUCUACAAUGGCGGUUUAACAGAAACUCGGCUGGAAGAGAAUUUCGAGAAACGUCUAACAUCGGCAGUGAUGGAACGUGUAAAAUAUGUAUACGAUCGGCGAAUGAUCCGAUGUGAAGAAAUCGCGCCAGCCACUUUUAAACGAUUCGAGCGACGGCUUCUCGAUUGUGCAUUUAAGAAUGAAUCUCAGACUUUAUAG